GUGCUUGGCUGUGUCAUUCCGUGUGUUGUGUUUAUGUGUUGUGGAGGUAAAGUUUGUGUGAUUUAAAAAUAAUUUUGUGAGGAUAAUAUUAGGGAUUUUCCAUAAACAUAGAGGGCCACAACCAUGGCUCCGCUCUCCCUAAAGAUCGUGCAGGACGGUGGCGCCAUCACGCGGACGGUACUAUUUGAUACCACGACACGCGUCAUCGAAGCGCUGGAGAUUGUCAAGGAAAAGCUUAUCAUCGAUGACAAAAGUAAAGAUUACGGUCUGUUCCUGACAUCGGCUGACAACGAACUGUCGGGGGUGUGGCUGGAGAGCCACCGCCCGCUGGAUUACUACAUGCUGCGAGAUGGUGACUCAUUGCUCUACCUCUGCAAGCAUCGAAAUCUCAGAGUCAGGAUGUUAGAUGGUUCAGUUAAAACGAUGCAGAUAGAUGAAUCCAAAUGUGUCGGUGACUUGAUGAUGGUGAUAUGUGAUAAGAUAGGUAUCACUAACCAUGAUGAAUACGGUUUGUGUUUUGAGGAAGUGCAGCAAAUUCAAGAAGAGAAACCUGCCACCGGCACUCUUACCCUCAAGAGGAAGCAACAGACAAGAGAGAAGGACGCCCAGAUGGAACAGCUUAGCAAGAAACUCAAAACUGAUGACAACGUGGAGUGGCUGGAGCAACAUAAGACGCUCCGUGAGAUCGGAGUGGACGCUCAGCAGACGCUGCUACUAAAAAGACGGCUGUUCUACUCCGACCGCAACGUCGACGCCCGCGACCCUGUGCAACUCAACUUGCUGUACGUGCAGACGCGGGAUGCUAUCCUGGACGGCCGGCAGGUGCUCACAGAGGACAAAGCUAUCGAGUUUGCGGGGAUACAGUGUCAAGUGCAGUACGGUGACUUCCAGGAAGACAAACAUAAAACUGGUUUUCUUGAAAACUUGAAAGAGUUUCUCCCGGAGCAGUAUGCGAGCUCAUGGGGGGUGGAGCGCAAGGUGCUGCGCGAGCACUCCAAGCACCAAGGUCUCAGUCCGCUCGAGGCUAAGCAUCUCUACACCAAGAACGCAAGAGAGCUGCCCACUUAUGGUGUUACUUUCUUCUUGGUUAAGGAGCAACAAAAAGGCAAGAAGAAGUUGGUGCCCCGCCUGCUGGGCAUCAACGCAGAGUCGAUCCUGCGACUUGACGAAGUCACCAAGGAGAUCCUGCAAGUCUGGAAGUUGACGCAAGUCAGGACGUUCCGAGCUGGUAAAGAGAUGUUUACCUUGGACUUUGGUGACUACAGUGACAAGCAGUACACCGUGAAGACGAAUGAGGCGCACCGCAUCCGCGACAUCCUGCAGGGUUACAUCGACAUCAUCCACCGCUCGCUGGCAGCUCCGUACAAUGUCAAUCCCAGCGAGGGGGAGUUCAUCUGCGAAGACAACGUGCAGUCUUCUAAGGGCCAUAUAAUUCAAAAUGUAGUUCCGAUGAAAGUGGUUGAGCAGUCUUAUGUAGGACCGAGCAAACUUAUACCAUAUGUACAAGGUACGGAAGCACAGCAGGGCACGCAAUUAAUGACAGUGCAGCAAAUUAUUUCAACGAAUAAGAUGGUCACACAGCAGAGGGGAGUUACUGGACAGAUGGGUGAACUUAGAAAUAAUCCUAUGGAAUAUCUGAAAAAACUUAAUCGUAUAAAUACUUACUGUGUAGAGACGGUAGCAUUUUUAACUGAUCCACAUUUCAAGAAGGAAGAUAAAGUGAAAAAAGUACACGCGCUGUCUGCGAUCAUUGAAGAAGACAUGAACAGCAUCAUUGAAGGUGUUCACAAGAGUGUCGAAAAAGAUAACGAGGAAGUGAGAAAAAAGAUUCUUUCGGAACUGGACGAGAUCUGUGCAAGCUUCAAAGACUUCAUAGAUACAUCUCACCAGAAAGACUUUGGAACACCUGAGAGUUUGGAUGCAGCACAACUGGCUGCGGAGGAGAUCGUUGGCCACGGUUCUCAGUUGUACUGCUCCCUGGAUCCUGGCAUUAAGCGACGAAGCAAGAUAUUGAGACGAUCCCACAAAAGUUUCAUAGAAGACGAGAAGACCGAGGCCACACUGCGCCGAGCUUCUUUCCUGGCUGCUGCCUCACACGCCUGCAAAGCUGUAGACGGUGCUAAAAACGCUUUGGACACGACUUUCGAGGGUUCGAUUCCCGAAGGUCACGAGCUGGCAGAGCUGGAGCGAGAGGCGAGGAAGAAGGUCGGCAAACUGAGUGCGGCUGUAGCACUCUUGAUGUCCGCACAAGCUGAUUCAAGUAACCUGGACUACACAGCGGCCAUUACUUCUAUGACCACGAUCGAUGAAUUAUUGCCUGAAUUGAUUGAAGAUGUGAAGGCGCUGGGCAGCGUGAAGGAGGACAAGUCACGUCUCUCUUUAUUGAGCAGAGUGCGGGCGCUGUGUGAUGCCACGAGGAACAUCUGCGCGCUGAAUGGAGAUAACGACAAGGAGAAGAUGCAAGAGCUGGCACUUAAGUAUGCUAAGGCUUCCGACAAGUUGAUCUUCACUUUAGGUCGGGGCUCCGUGUCUGAUAAGGAAAACGAGAUCCUGGAUUUGACCCGUGACGUGGGAGACAAGACCGCACUGCUGCUGCUGAAGACGCACGAGCUGGUGAGGCUGGCGGGCGAGGACCCGCGCGCCGCUGACCUGGAGGCGGUCGGCGCGAGCUGCAGCGACCACGCCAAUAUACUGCUAGCAUGUUCACAGCUGACAGCACCAUCUAUAACGGAGCCGCACUGUCAGAGCGCGAUGUCUGCGGGGGCGGAGGCGCUCUCCUCGGCCGCGCACCGCCUCGCCCUCGCCUGGAAGCCGCUGGUGGAGAAGCCGGGCUGCGCCAUGUACGAUGAGACAUUGCAGGCUCACACCUUGGAUCUGAUGAAGGCAUUGGAUAGAUUGAAGCAGGCUUACACUGAUUUAUCAGAAGAUUGUAAAGAUGACGACACUGAAGUGAAGCAGAGGGAACGUCUCAAGUUCAUCGCCAGCGUCAAGAAUACUAUGAAUAAAAUAUCAGACGCACAAAAGGAUUUAGACAAGCCUUGUCCAGUGAGCUCUGGUGUCAAGAGCAAGGAGUUGCAACUUGUGAUGGGACAUCGGCUGUCCUUGUUGAAUUCUUACAUAGCCAGUCUUAUACGAGCUACGGCUGACAGGGAGAACCCAGAUUACGCGACAGGAGAAGAGGCAGUCACUCUUGUGUCUGAUAUUGUACCUGAACUUGUUCGAGAUAUAAAAGUAAUAAGCAACGCAAAAGACGAGAAGACAGGACGAGCGCAGAUGAAUGAGACACGCGGACUGCUUGAAGCCAUUAAAGACGUUUGUGCUUCCACCGAAGAUAAUACAAUGCAAGAGACAAAUGGCGCAGCAUCAAACUACGCCCGACAUUCCUCUAAGCUGUGCUACGCUUUUAUACCUCGUACUGAUCCCAGGAAAGAGAACAUGAUGAUCGAACUAGCGAAGAAAUGUUGCGAGGAAGCUUCCGAGCUGCUGACGCACGUGAACCAGCUGGUGGACGAGGUGGGGGGCGAGGAGGGGCAGCAGCUGGACUUGCUGGGGGCGAGGCUGGUCGACGUGGUGCAGGCUCUGCUCACCACCGCGCAGAUAACAGCGCCAUCUUUCUGCGACGCUCGCUGUCAGUCCACGUUGGUGUGCGCGGCGGAGGACGUGACGAGUGCGAGCCGGCGCCUGGCACACACAUGGCCGCCGCUGCUUCAAGGAACCUCGCGGGAUAAACUGCGACAAAAUCUACACAAGGGACAAGAGGAUCUGGAAACCGCUCUUAACAAUUUAAGAUCCGUUUGCCAGAAAUUUGGUGAAGAAAAUAAUAAGUCACAAGUUCCACAAUCCGAAGAAAAGGAAAAAGAACGGCUAAAGUUUGUCGCGACGAUGACUUCCACGAAGAAUAAAAUGUUAGACGCAGAAAAAAUGUUACAGAAGCCAAUGCCGAAAGAAGUUGAAGACAGAACAGCUGUGCAGCGCAGACUGGCAGACCGGCUGGCACAGCUCAAUGCUGCAAUCGCAUCUCUUGUGCGAGCUACUCAUGAUUCCAAUAACGUGGACUAUGAUGCAGCAGAACAAUGUAUUGCCAAAAUUUCUCAACUGUUACCUGAUGUUAUAAACGAGACGCAAUCAUUAAGCGGUACAAGUGAGGAAGUAUCGCGGCGCGCCAUGUUGCGAGAACUGCAGAACUUGUUCACAGCAACACGAGACAUCUGCAACUUCACUGAACAAGGAGACGUCCAGGCUAUUAAUAAAACUGCUCUUAAUUUUGCCGACGCUUCUGGAAACUUGGUCUACGUUUUCAAUCCACGAUCACCUUCAAGGAAGAACAACAUAAUGGAUUUAACAACUGAUGCGUGUGAUAAAGCUUCCAAGUUACUCACUGAUGUUCACAACUUGGGGAUGAAAGUUGGGGGUGAUGAUGGAGCUCACUUGGAUGACUGCGGUGUGAAACUGGUGAAUGCUUCUAAAGCCUUGCUCACCACUGCACAGAUAUUAGAGCCUUCGUUAAGCGAUCCCAUUUGCAAGGACUCCUUAUUGUCUGCAAUAGACGACGUGUCUUCGGCGUCUGCAGAUCUUGUGGCCGCGUGGUCUCCUCUCAAGCGUCAACCACAACAUAAAGAAGAUGUGGAAAAUCUUGAAGAGGAACAAAAACAAUUGAAAAAAGCUUUGGAUUCUUUACGAACGAUGUGUAAGACUUUUAAAGAGGAAGAUGGAGAUGCGCCCACAGAAGAAAUACAUAUUCGUAGGAGGAGGGAUGUAGGAGUCAAAAGAACUGCGCCGAAUGCGGAUUUAGUUAAAAUGAAUCGUUUAUCUAAGGAAAUGUACACCACUGCAUCAGAGAUGGCCGAUGACGUGAGCAUCCUGGCUGCAGGGAUGGAGGACGAGGAAGGGGAUCGUCUGAUGAGGUGCGGGGAGGAGCUGGUGGAUGCAGUACAACACAUGUACUCCACUAUAGCUGAAGAAGUACAGACUCCUAGAGUUCGUGGAAACGAGAAUAGCUCUGUGGUGGCCAUCGCGCAAGUCAGCGCCGCGUCCUGUGCGCUGGCCGACGCCUACAGCCCAAUUAAACAAGACCCCGAGUACAAGGACAUAGUCGAACAACUAGAGGUCAAGAAAAACAAGCUGGAUACGGACUUGGAAGAUUUGCGACAAACAUAUAGACAAUUUGAUGAGAUGCGCGGUCAAGCGCCGUUACAAGGUUCUGACGGCGAGACGCAGCGAUGGUUGACGUCCAUGACGAAAGCUUCGAGCAAAUCGGAUGCUGAAGUUCCAAUGGCUCAUUGUGAAGAUAUUGACGGACCUGGUGUGAUGCGAGCUGAAGAGCAGAGACUUAAAUUCAUAUCAACGUUAUCAGAAGCAAAGAAUAGCAUACUUGAAGCUAAAAAUGGAUUAGAAAAGCCUUUAGCAGUUCCUGCAUCAGGUUCAGGUCCUGACCGUCAACGCCGACUGGCACAGCGGCUGGCACACUUGAACGCAGCGAUAGCAUCACUGAUACAUUCCACUGAUCCUUCAAAUCCCGAUUACAAUAAAGCGGAUGAAGCAUUGAACAUUAUAAAUGAAUGUCUUCCACAGAUUAUACAAGAUUCAAAUGCUUUACCACUAGAUGGCGCUGGCAGGAAAAACAUGAUGGAUUCAUUGAAGGCGCUGUGUGAAGCAACCAGAGAGAUAUAUCUUGAAUCAGAGCUGGGACAAGCUAAAAAUGCAUACGAACCGAUAACCAAACUGGUGGACGCUUCAAGUAAACUUUGUUAUACUUACAAUCCACGAGCUGACAUCAAAAGAGAAAACAUGAUAGUGGAGCUGUCGAAGUCAGUGUGCGACAAGGCGACAGUGUUGCUGUCUCAGGUGUGCGAGGUGGCGGUGGGGGAGGUGGGGGGCGGGGAGGGGGGUGCGCUGCUGGACCGGAGGGGGGUGAGGCUGGUGGACGCCGCGCAGCUGCUGCUCACCCUCGCACAGCUGACAGCUUCAACUAUAGACGAUCCAAAAUGUCAGUCAACCCUGCUAAGAUCAGCUGAGGAGGUGUCAACAUUGGCUGACAAGGUGGAAGACACGUGGACCGCGCUGCUGCAGGAUCCACAACAAAAGAACACAAAAGACCAACUUUCAUACAAGAAGAAGGAACUACAGAAAGCGAUUGAGCAGUUGACAGCAGCUUGUAAAGAUGCAACCGAUACAACCCUUAAGCCAGCAAAACCAGCAGUACCAAAAAGAGCAACUUUCUUGGACCACAGAGUACAAGAAGAAAAACAACAGCUUGCCAAGUGUGUUGAUGCAGCGAUAAAGAACAUCGAAGAUACUGAAGAGGAAAUCAAAAAGGUAAUAAUAAAUCGAAUCUUACUUAUAGUAUAA